CUAAUUUACAGGCACUUGCAUUGCUAUCAGUAUCAAGCUUUGAAGACUUUGGUGAGGUUAUUAAUUGGAAUUUAAGAAGGAAUGGCACCAGCAAUUGAAGGAAUGGUACCAGCAAUUGAAUCAUCUGAGGGGAAUAACAAGAUGAACAAAGGAUAUCAGUAUCCGAGCUGGAAGAAGAAGUUGAGAGGGCUUGUGGUGGAUAAUGAAGAAUUGUGUCGAAUUGUGGAAAAGGGAAUUAUGGGUUUGUGUGGUGUGGAAACACAAGCUGUGGAGACUGGGGAGGCUGCAAUGGAGCUCAUUGCUUCUGGAGCAACUUUUGAUAUCAUUGUCAUUGACAGGUUUCUGCCUUCCAUGACUGGGCCUGAGACUGCUAGGAAGAUGCGUGAGAUGGGCGUUGAAAGCAAGAUUAUAGGUCUUUUUGCAUUGUAUUUUGAAGGAGAUGAAGAAGAAUUUGUUGCUGCUGGAGUUGACGACUUCAAGGAAAAGCCACUAUCACCCAAUUGGUUGGUCCCCAUCCUAAGGGAGCUGGACAACUAGAUCCAUCAAUAUCAAGCCUUCCAAACUAUACUCUAGAGGACCAUUCUAAGUUAAUUUCCUUGUAAUGUUUUCCUAUGCUGCUCUUUUGAGCUAAUAAUUAUGUUGUAAUUUGUCAUGAACAAUUGAGGUACAAUUGUAGUAUUAGUGGCAAAUUAAUUUGCAACCUAGAAAUGUUUGU